UAACCCUAAUCCAACAACUUCAGUCAACACAAAACGAAAUAGUUUAACUCUAUAAUGUUUUGACCUUGUCUUACUUCAAUUUUCUUGGAAUAAAUCAGUGUAUUUCCUGCUUUGGUCAAUUUUCAUCUUUGGAUGAGAGGAAAGAACAUUUCUUAGAGAUUCACAAUGAACUGGAAGACGGCGCUGUUAACCGUCGCUUUGGUGUUUCACGCUGAUGGAUUUUCAAAAUAUGGACGUACAUGUAAAGAUAUCGGAUGUCUAAAUAGCGAAGUUUGCGUGCUAGCUGAAGAACCGUGUACGUUUGGACAGUCCCACAAUUGUGGUACAUAUCCUACGUGUAAAAAGAAGUCGCAAGUAGAAGGGUCACAUACGAACUCGGCACCUCCAACACAAAAGCCAGUAGCACCUCCGUCUCCUCCGAGAGACAUCGAUGCUCCUCCUAACUACCCGGCGCCGGCUCCACCGGGCGGACAGUCCCCUUAUGGAAAUAAUUCACCCUAUGGAAACAAUUCGCCUUAUGGAAACAGCUCUCCCUAUGGGGGGCACAGUAAUCAAGGGGGUUCAUCGAUUGGCGGUGGCUCCCCCUAUGGUGGUAACUCGCCUUAUGGUGGAAGUUCUCCAUAUGGCGGAAAUUCACCAAGUGGCGGAAAUUCUCCUUAUGGCGGAAACUCUCCUUAUGGCGGGAACUCUCCUUAUGGUGGAUCUAACAACAGAGGCGGUAGCAGUCCCUAUGGUGGUAACUCCCCAUACGGCUCAGGCUCUUCUGGAGGUUUCGGAGGGUCGGGAAGCAACGGUAGUCCUCUAGACUCAAUUUUGAAUACUCUCAAUAAAUAUGCAAAUGGUGGCGGCGGCAGCAGUAGCAGCGGCUCAACAGGGAGCAACGGCGGAUUGUCUGGCAUUCUUGGGAGCAUCGUUGACAAUAUAUCCAAAAAUGGAGGUUUGAGCAGUUACUUCAACACCAGACCAAUAAUACAGAACCCUAAUUAUCCAUCCUAUAACUCAAAUUCGAGGAGUUCUAAUCCCCAGUAUUCUUCAUCAGGUUACCAGCCAAGUUAUCAGACGCCGUCUCAAAACCGAAACUAUGGUCAAAGUAAUGCCCACCACAGUGGAGCCACAACACAUAAACCAGUAUCGUAUGGCUGGAAUUUUGGUGCGACUGUGAUGUUGAUGUACAUCAUUCACCAGUACAUCCAGAAUAUGACAAGGAAUUAACCAUACCAACCUUUGUCUACUGCUAAUUUUUGUCUACUAAUGCAAAUUAAGAUGUACCGCCGAUUUUUUUUUUAUUAAUCCCUUCUCAUACCUGUGCCAGAUUUGAGAAGUGAUUUGUGAUAUUUUAAACCAUUCACAUAUACGAAAAUCUUAAGAAAUAAUUGUUACCUUUGCCACCUUGGUGAUUGAAUCACCAAUUAAAAGUAGAGUCUUAAAUAUGAUAUAAUUUUAUAUUGAACAUAUACUAUAGUUGUUUUAAUUGUUGCGUUUAGUAUACACAUUAUUAAUAUAUUGUCGAGUUUUGAAGAGUGAGCUGAGCAUUUACCAUUUACCUUAGCUUAUUUACCAUUAAAUUAUAAUGAAUGUUAAUCCGACAAUAUUAAUAAUAUGAAUAUAUUUUUUACUAUACUAAUAUGAAAUAUGUAGGUGCUAUAUUUGUUUGUAAAAUAAGAGAUAUUGAAUAAACAAUCCGCAUUUGGUUCGGCACAAAAUUGAAUAAAAACCCAAGUCAUAUACAUAUUCUUUAUUUAAUAAAGGACAUAAAGACUAGAUAUUUAGUUACAAAAUAUAAAUUUUAUAUAUAUGUGUUGUAUAAAUAUAUUAAUUUAACCUCUACCAAAAUUAUUAUUAUAAGGAAUGUAUAUAAAUACUGUGUUAUAAAAUUACGAUCUGUUACAGUCUUGUGUAUAUAAUGUAAGUAAUCUCAUUUAUUUCAAAUUGUCAAUAUUAAUUUCCAUUUUUACUUAUAUAUUUGAAAUUUUGGAAUGUUUCAAUAAAGCUUGUUUUACAAUUGGUGAUUUAAAUUAUAUAUAUAUACUUAACCCGACUACUAUACAUUUCACACCAAACAUCCAAAAUAUAAUCAGAACCCUCAAUAUAAAAUUUUACUACCACUGAACUAAUAUCAAUAUAAUAAUAAUAUAACUUCACGCUGUUGUGGCUUAUAUAUUAAUGUUAAUUCCCUAUAAUAAAAACUCAUAUGAAUUAGUAAUUAAAAAACAGAUCGUACUAAAAUUUCAUAACAAAAUCUUGUAAACAUAUGGUAAUAGUAUUUUAAUUCAGUAAAUAU